GAUCCAGAUAUAACGUGUCGCGUCUUUUGUGUUGAGAGAAAACAAAGAAGCGCUGUUUACGCGAAGACCAUCCGAAUAUUAAAGGCGCUGUGUGUUAUUAUUUGCGCAUCUUCUGUAAAAUAAGCCUUAAAUAGAUAUUUAAUUCUCGUGCUUGUGUACUCACGCUGUUCUUUUGUUUUUCUUAGUAAAUUUCAUCGUGCACCGAUUUGUCUUUGUCUGUUUGUCCUCGUGUUCGAUACGGAUUCAUUCUCACAUUUAUUCUUAACUGUAAACAUGUGUCUCGUUUCAUUGAGGCACACAGGAGAUCAUCUACAUCAGCAUCCGUCACCUUUGAACCGUUCAUUGUCUCUAUGGAAACAGACUACCAUCAGGCAUCACUCGGCUCUCUAGUUUGUGAUGAAAAUGGCGAAGCGAUGAGCAGUCAGACACCAGGUCCUGUUAUAUUUCAGCCGGGGUCGCCCGGAGCCGGACCGGACUCUUUCCCGUGUCUGCACCCUCUUACUUUUCCUCAGAGGACCAAUGUGGAGGCACAUUGCUCAGGAGAUGUCACCAUCAUGGUCAAGGAGAAAACAGGAAAUGGUCAUGGGAUUUAUUCUGGUCUUGUUGAUGGUUCUGUUUGUAAACCCAUCAUGUCCACUCCUCCUCGUCGUCAUCAUUCCCUGCCUCAUGCACAUCAUCCUCCUUUGGGGCGUACGCGGGCGGGCAGCAGGUCCAGCUCCAUCGCUUAUACGGCCUUCUCACCGAGACCUUCCAUCUCACGUCACUCCAGCAUCGCCACCAAUCCACCGAUGGACCGUUCCAAACCCAAAGACUAUCUCAUCCUUGCUGUCAUCGCCUGCUUCUGUCCCGCCUGGCCCAUCAACAUUGUGGGAUUUGUCUACUCUAUUAUGUCCCGUAACAGUCUGGAGCAGGGCAACAUUGAUGGAGCCAGACGUCUGGGUCGAGUAGCAAAGAUGCUGUCUGUAGUCUCACUGGUGGGAGGAGCUCUCAUUAUUAUAGCAUGUGCAGUUAAUCUGUCAAUUAAUGUUAAAUCCUGAGUAUGGUGAACAUGGCCUGGAUUCAGCUGAACAUCACAUCAAUGAAUAAAAAAUAACAGAACACUUCUUUUGACUUCAUGCACUCGAUGACAUCACCACAUAAAUCUAAUGUGAAAAACUGACUGUGUACUUCACUGAUCUGAGGUAACUACAUUAUGAAAUACUCACGCCACUUUAUUUGUAAAUUGCUGAUUAAGCAAAUGUAUUUUUGAUCUAAAUAAGAAGAGAAAUCUUGUAAAGGUUUGUAAGGAGGCAUGAGUUUGUCAGAUUAUUCAUCCAUUCCAGUAUUCAAUGAGAAUAUUAUGGCAAAUAAGAUGAUGUGACGGAGAACACAGAUCAACCAGACUGACUGGAUUUGGGAGGCUGGUCACAUUUACUCAAAUAGUUAUCUUAGUAACAUUAACUUGUCUUUAUGAUUUUAACAUUGCCAUACAUUCAAAUGUUUAAAACUUUAUUUUCUUUGAGUUUUAUGACAUGACAAAUUGAUUUCCUUUAAUAUGAAAUGUCUUUUUCAUCAAAUGACACUAAUGAUUUCAUUGAGGUUAUUAUUAUACUGUUCUCUAACAUGACUUACAUAAACAGACAAAAUGUAGCAUAUAAACUGAGCUGAAAUAUUAUUUUUUUUAAACCGAAAACUACACACAGGUAAGAGAAAGUGAAAGCAAUGAAGGAAACAAACACUGUAAUAUGCUGCAAACCUUUGAUCUAAAUUGUGUUGUUGAAUUAUUUCUAUACACUGUGUCAACUGUAGCUAACUGUAGCCAAACACAAUCUUAAGAUUUAUGAAAUAUUACGUUUGUUUCAUGAUCUCUCGAUUCACAUGAGAUCUUAGGAUUUUUUAUGUUUUAUAACUGUGAAAAAUCCCCUUCAGAAAUCUGAUACACACAUGUAUGGACUAUUGUUGAGUUUGUUAUGUCAUGUAUGGAUUUUACAAAUGUCACAUACUUAUAUAAAUGUGCAACAUACACCUAUACAUGUUAUAUUUAUUGAAUAUAUGACAUAUUAUAAUGAUAAAUGUCAUUCUGUGAACCUUGAAUUCCCCACCAUCACAAGUACACAUGAGCACACAUGAAGUGAAUCUAUGAUGUAUUGUGUAUCUCUGAACUAAUGACAAUUAUAAACAGGUUCACAUAUAGAAACAAACACAUAUAUCCUUUUAUAUGUAAAGUUUGCAUCAGAUUUCUGUACGGGAAUGAGGAAUGGGGUUUGUACGUUUGGAAUUUUCACUGUAAUUGAAUUUAAAUGUAUUGCAUAUGCUGUAUUACAAAUCCUGUGAUAUGUGAAUUAUUAUAUUUCUAGUUGGUUUAGUAGAUAUGCUCAUGUUUUUCUUUGUAUUGUUUCUGUAUCUUUUUUAACAAUUAUUUUUCAUACACAUCUUGUGGUUUAUAUAAGGCUCUUUAUGGCUCAUGGGAAAACAUUCAUACACGUUCUUGUUAUAAUCAUACCUGCAGUAAAAUAUAACUGUUGUGUAGCCAUUGAUUACAAACAUAGUGCACUUAUUUUUGCAUGUCACAAUAUUUUAAUAGUCUUGUAUUUAACACUAGUUCCCUCUACAUAUCUCUGAAGGGAAAAUAAAAUAAAGCAUUUCACAUGAA